CCGAUGACGAAGAACAACAAGUAGCCAAUGAUACCAGUGAAGAAGAAGAAGAAGAAGAAGAAGAAGAAGAGGAAGACGAAGAAAGUGAUGAUCACAUGGACAAGGCAUCUCAAGCAGCAAAAUUAGAAAAAUUGAAAAGAAGUCUUGCUCAUGUGUCAUUUGAACAGUUAGCUGAAAUCAAAAGCAAAAUGGGUAUGAAGGAUUUCAAGUUAGCCAGACAAGAUAAUAACGAUAAUGACGACAGUGAUGACAAUCAAGAUGAUCCAACAAGUCGACACAACAAUAAAAAAGUAUCCAAAGCACAAAUCAUUCAAGAUAUCAAAAAUGCAGCCAGUAAAUUAAAGGGAACUCGGAAUCGUAUGAAAAAAGAAGAUAUGAAACGAACAAAUAAACACAGUCCAAUGGAAAUGUCAUCCAAACGAAAAGUAAGCCGAUUUAGAGAUGUAGUAGAAACAGCCGCAACGAAACGACGAGAUCCCCGUUUUGAUAAGUUGUCUGGACAAUUGAAUGAAGACUUAUUUGAAAAAUCAUAUGGAUUCCUUACUGAUUAUAGACAAGAUGAACAAAAAGCAUUAAUGGCUCGAUUACAUAAGGUGAAGGAUCCGGAAGAAAAGGCACGAAUCAAAGCAACUUUGACUAGUAUGAAAUCGAAAGAAAUGGCGGCAGCAGAUAUGAAAAGAAAACAAGCUUUGGCAAGAGAAAGAAAGAAAGUAGAAGCGGAUUUGGUCAAACAAGGCAAACAACCCUACUUUUUGAAGAAAUCUGAAAAACGAAAAUUGGAAUUGGUAGACAAAUACAAUCAACUUGGAGAAAAACGUAUGGACCGAAUAUUGGAAAAACGACGAAAAAAGAAUGCCAACAAAGAUCACAAACGAGUACCAUUCAAACGACGAUCGACAUAAUUGGAUUCUUUGUACUUUGUAGUACAAAUAAAUGCGACCCUUUUUUUUUUAUUAUUUUAUACUUUUGUAGAAUAUUUUGGUGGUGGUUACUAGGGUUAUUAGUUUAGUGUCAUUUUUUUUUUUUUU